AUGGGAGGCGCGCUGCUGCUGGCGCUGCUAGCGGCGGCGCGGGCAAAUGAGACUAACCUCACCACCACCUCAUUUCCUGAUGAGGAGAAAGCUCCUCUUUUUCCCACUGACCUCUUCACCGAAGAGCAGCGACGUUCUGGAGCUGUCAUCUUCCACAUCAUUGGCAUGGGCUACAUGUUCGUUGCUCUGGCCAUAGUAUGCGACGAGUUUUUCGUGCCAGCGUUAGACGUGAUAAUUGAGAGGCUCGCGAUCCGCGACGAUGUCGCCGGUGCUACGUUCAUGGCAGCCGGAGGCUCCGCGCCCGAACUUUUCACCUCUAUCAUUGGAGUGUUCGUUUCUUUUGACGACGUCGGAAUCGGGACGAUUGUUGGAUCCGCGGUCUUUAAUAUUCUCUUUGUAAUUGGUGCUUGUGCGCUCUUUUCGCGCACUACACUUACCCUAACUUGGUGGCCGUUGUUCCGCGACUGCACCUUCUAUUCGAUCAGCCUCCUCGUGUUGAUAUACUGUUUCCGUGAUAAUGAAAUCUACUGGCAAGAAGCGUUGGUGCUUUUCUCGUUGUAUGGAGCGUACGUGUUAUUCAUGCGAUGGAACCAGCCGGUGGAGAAGGCGCUGAAGAAGCUGAUAUAUAAGAACAAGGUGACGAGGGUCAGGAGUACAGAUCAGCUGAUGCCCACGGUGAGCUCGCCCGCACAGCCCCGCAUGCACCUCCCAAUUGGUCCAAUAAUAGUUGUCAUGAACGUUCGAUACAAUUACAUGUUCAUGCGCUUUUAUUGUACUGUUGUAAUCCAAAUUAGGAAAAGAUUAGAGCCUGAAGAAGCCUUUCAUGUUUAG